AUGGGAAACACUCCUCUUUGUUAUGAACAUCAUCCUAACUCUUGUCAGCAGAAUGUCUAUCCACUGGCUGUGAGAAUUGUGUCUUAUUUUGCCAUUGGUGUUAUUGUACUUCUUACAUUAUUUGGAAAUCUUCUGGUGAUCAUAGCCAUAACUCAUUUCAAGCAGCUGCACACACCAACUAACUACCUCACUCUGUCUCUGGCUGUAGCUGACCUGCUUGUAGGAGGAAUUGUGAUGCCUCCGAGCAUGAUGCGCUCUGUGGAGACUUGCUGGUAUUUGGGAACCAUGUUUUGGCGAUAUUAUGCAGUAUGUCACCCCCUGCUGUACCACAGUAAAAUGACUCCUGUUACUGCUCUGUUCAUGAUCACUGUAUGUUGGAGUGUUGCUGCUGUUGCUGGAGGAUUUAUAUUUUCAGAGCUAAAUGUUCAAGACAUAGAGGCUAACAGUGAUGUGUUUUGUGAGGGAGCCUGUGUGGUGAUUACAGGGCCCAUGAUAUGUUUAGCGCUUUCAUUGUUUUCUUUUUACCUUCCCAUUGUUGCCAUGCUCAUCAUAUAUCUGAAAAUAUAUCUUGUUGCACAGAGGCAAUCACGAUUAGUCCACAAUGCUCUCUCUCAAGUAAAUAAAUCCAGAGGUCAGCCUACUAUUAAUAAGACAGAGAGAAAAGCAACUAAGACUUUAGCCAUUGUCAUGGGAGCGUUUAUGUCAUUUUGGACACCAUUUUCCAUCUACACACUCGUUAUAACAUUUUAUAAUUACAGUCAUCCACCACAACUUUUUGAUGUUCUUAGUUGGAUUGCUUAUUCAAAUUCAGCGUGUAAUCCUAUUAUAUAUGCAUUCUUCUACAUGUGGUUUAGAAAAGCAGUCAAAAUUAUUUUAUUAGGCAAAAUUGUUGGGAACAGUUCGUCAAAAAUGCAGCUGUGCUCAGAAUAGAAUAAAGAGCACCCUA